AUGUCUUCACCAGGGGAUUCUAUUGAGGAGGAGCCUCCUGUCAUUGAACCCUACGAGAUUCUUGGACUAGAGCGCGAGGCUACGGCCGACCAGAUCAAGUCAGCCUACCGGAAGGCAGCUCUCAAAAACCACCCAGACAAGGUCACCGACGAUAAGAGAGACGAGGCGAAGGAGAAAUUCCAGUCCAUUGCCUUUGCGUACGCCGUCCUGUCCGACCCGGCACGACGCAAGCGCUAUGAUGCCACAGGCUCGACUUCUGAGUCCAUCGUCGACUCAGAAGGCUUCAAUUGGUCCGACUUCUACCACGAACAAUUCCGAGAUGCGAUAUCUGCAGACGCCAUUGAAAAUUUUGCCAAGAAGUACAAGGGCUCCGACGAGGAGAAAGAUGAUGUACUGCUUGCCUACACGGAACACAAGGGCGACAUGGACAAGAUUUACGAAACGGUGAUGCUGAGCAACGUACUCGAGGAUGACGAACGCUUCCGCACCAUCAUUGACGAUGCAAUUACCAGUAAAGAUGUCCCGACCUUCAAACGAUACACCAAGGAGAGCAAAUUGUCCAAGGCGGCCCGCGUCAAGGCAGCAAAGGGCGAGGCGCAAGAGGCCGAGGAGUACGCCAAGGAGUUGGGCGUACACGAUAAGCUCUUCGGUGGCGGCAAGGCAACCAAAGGACGGAAGAAGGCGAAGGAAGGUGGCGAGGAUGAUCUGGCAGCGCUCAUCAAGAGUAACCAGCAAAAGCGCGCCGGCUUCCUGGAUGACCUUGCCGCCAAGUAUGGGGCCACCAGCCAGCCCAAAAAGGGCAAGAGGAGAGCCGUCGAAGAGGAAGAGCCGUCAGAAGAGGCAUUCCAGGCUGCUGCUGCGCGGUUGAAGAAGCCCAAGACAGAGGAGAGCAAACCCGCGAACGCGGGACGGAGAUCAAAGCGGUAG